CGAUCGCAUUGGCCGUAGACAACCCCCUGCACCCUCACUCACUUUGCGUGGGGUAGUCAUGUCGCCUGCCCUACUUUUCCUACUCCCUCUGCUUGCACCACUACAAAGUCUCGCGCUUGAGAAGACUCACGGUUUACCGCCAUCACUCCUUGACCGAUACGUGCCCACGGGCGAAAGCUGGAAAUGUCUAGACGGGUCAAAGACAAUACCUUGGGCGAACGUGAACAACGAUUAUUGCGACUGUCCUGAUGGGAGUGACGAGCCAGGCACCGGUGCCUGUCCGAACACCACGUUCUACUGCAGAAACGAGGGCCACAUCGGCGCGAACAUACCUAGCUCGAGAGUGAACGAUGGGCUCUGCGAACCUGAGUGCUGCGAUGGGUCUGACGAACCUACUGGUGUAUGUCCGAAUGCAUGUAAGGAGAUCGGCGAGGCUUACAGAGCGAAGACGGAGGCCGAGCGUAAGAUUCGCAAAACUGGAUCCAAAAUCAGGUCAACCUAUGUUGCGUUCGCUCAGAAGGAGAAGAAAAGGCUGGAGACCGAUAUCGCGAACUCAGAACGCGAAAUUACUGCGCGGGAGAAGGAGGUCACUAGGCUGAAAGCCCUUCUCGAUCACGAAGAGUCCUUGUCCGCUGCUGCGAUAGAACUCCGAAAGACGUCCCCCCUCUACGAAUCCCUCAUUACACACCACAACGCCCUCAAAUCCCUUCAACGUGAAUACAAGAGACACCUCGAACGUGAAAGGGCCCUCGGCGACAUCCUGGACAGUCUCCGAAGUGGUUACAAUCCCAAUUACCAGGACAUGGCUGUCCUCGAAGCUGUUCGCGGGUGGGAAUACUUUGCCGGUCUACCACAUAUAGGCGAGGAGGAGAAGGCUGAGGAGGAGACGAGCGAAGAGGGCAAUGGUGAGAAUAACCCAGUCGAGGAACUAGAGGAGGGUGCGUGGACGGAGGAGCAGCUGCAAAGUGAUUUGCCUAAGCUGUUGAAGACGGAUCAUGUCAGUUUACUUGUCGAGCACGACAAACAUAUUGGGUCUGGGAGCGCUCAGUCAGCGUUCGAUGUCAAGGCGUAUCUCCCUGAUUCCCUCGCACCACAAUAUGACUCGCUCAAGAACAGCGUUUCCUCAUGGCUCGGUAUUGCAUCUUCAUCUCCCAGUGAUGCAACAGGCGAUAUCUCUCAAUCGCGCCAAAUCUUCAACGACGCUGAACAUAGUCUCAAACUUGCGAAAAAGGAACUCGAAACCGCGAAGUUCGACCUCGAAGCCCUGUUCGACGUCACUGGCUUCGGUCCUGAGGGCGAAUGGAAGAAACUCGACGGUCUGUGUCUCGAGAAGGAUACGGGAGACUAUACAUACGAAGUCUGUCUGUUCGGCGAAGCUAAACAGAAACCCAACAAAGGCGGCCAAAACUUUAGUCUCGGCAAAUUCUCCUCCUGGCAUCCCUCCGCCGCCGAAGGCUCGCCCGAAUACUACAGCCAACAAGACUACACGAACGGCGCGAAAUGUUGGAACGGCCCUCACCGAAGCACGCAUCUCCGCCUGAAGUGCGGGACGGAGAAUGCGCUGCUGACUAUCGCAGAACUGGAGAAGUGCGAGUACCUGUUUGAAGGAACGAGUCCCGCACUGUGUUUGCCGUUGGAGGACGACGGGAAGAAGAAGGAUGAGCUGUGAAGUGCUUGCGAGGGAUGAGAUUUUGAGAUGGUGGUACGGAGUUGGUGGCUGUAAUUAUAGUGGAUGUGGAUACCUGCUGGAGAGCUGAUGGCUACCUAAUGAGUUGCAGUUCGCAAUGCUAUCGCUCUGUUACUAGACAGGAAGGGGACAUCGGACGACAGAUUGAACGUAUUUAUAUCCUUCCUUUGGACUCAGCGUCCUGGAAAGGAAUGUGGUGACGAC